UCUAGGGGCUGGGCCGAGAGGACACCCGGCGCCUGCCGGGGCUCUACGGGGCCGCGCAGGAGGGCGCGCGUCCGUCGGGUGCUCGCGCGGGGCUCGUGCGGCGCCGCUAGGUGCUGCGGGGAGACGCUGGGUUGCAAGGACCCUGGUUGCGCGGCUGCAGCCUUGGCGAGGCCGGGAAGAACCGAGCGGAGGGACUAGCCGAGGACCGAGUCUCAGCCAAUUGGACAAUGGCAGUUUGAGUGAGUUUUGAAAAACGUCUGAAGGUUAGUGGGCUGCAUCUACUUUCUGCUUCCUCCACACCCUUUUUAAGAGAAUAAAUGGAAUGUUUGAGAAGAGAGCUAUAUUAAAAGAAGAGUGUUGCAAAUGGCUUCAGAAUCUGUGAAUGCAAAACAAGCUAGGACUCACUGCACAAAGGGAAAAAGGCAACAGCACCAGCAAAUAAAGAAUAGGUCUUCAGUUACUGAUGGUGAUGGAGAAGACUCCUUUAUCUUUGAAGCAAAUGAAGCUUGGAAAGAUUUUCAUGGUUCCCUUCUUCGGUUUUAUGAAAAUGGAGAACUGUGUGAUGUCACACUAAAGGUUGGCUCAAAGCUAAUCUCUUGUCACAAACUAGUAUUGGCUUGUGUUAUCCCCUACUUCAGAGCCAUGUUUCUCUCUGAAAUGGCUGAAGCCAAGCAAGCACUGAUUGAGAUCAGAGAUUUUGAUGGUGAUGCAAUCGAAGACUUGGUAAAGUUUGUCUAUUCUUCACGGCUCACUUUGACUGUUGACAAUGUCCAACCUCUUUUAUAUGCGGCCUGUAUUCUACAGGUUGAACUGGUGGCUAGAGCUUGUUGUGAAUACAUGAAGUUACAUUUUCAUCCCUCCAACUGCCUGGCAGUAAGAGCCUUUGCAGAAAGUCACAAUCGAAUAGACUUAAUGGACAUGGCGGAUCAGUAUGCCUGUGAGCAUUUUACUGAAGUAGUGGAGUGUGAAGACUUUGUAAGUGUGUCACCCCAGCAUCUCCAUAAGCUUUUGUCCUCCAGUGAUCUAAAUAUUGAGAAUGAAAAGCAGGUCUAUAGUGCAGCCAUCAAGUGGCUUCUUGCCAAUCCUCAGCAUCAUUCCAAAUGGUUGGAUGAAACACUUGCACAGGUUCGUUUGCCGCUGUUGCCAAUUGAUUUUCUUAUGGGUGUUGUGGCAAAAGAACAGAUUGUCAAGCAAAAUCUAAAAUGUAGAGAUUUAUUGGAUGAAGCAAGAAAUUACCAUCUUCACUUGAGUAGCAGAGCAGUACCUGACUUUGAAUAUUCCAUUCGGACUACUCCAAGGAAACAUACUGCUGGUGUGCUGUUCUGUGUAGGUGGUAGAGGUGGAUCUGGUGACCCGUUUCGCAGUAUCGAAUGCUACUCUAUCAACAAAAACAGUUGGUUUUUUGGGCCAGAAAUGAAUAGUCGAAGGCGACACGUCGGUGUAAUCUCUGUGGAAGGUAAAGUAUAUGCGGUAGGUGGACAUGAUGGAAAUGAACAUUUAGGUAGCAUGGAGAUGUUUGAUCCUCUCACUAAUAAAUGGAUGAUGAAGGCUUCAAUGAACACAAAGAGGCGAGGCAUUGCCUUGGCCUCCUUAGGAGGUCCAAUUUAUGCAAUUGGAGGGCUAGAUGACAACACUUGCUUCAAUGAUGUAGAAAGAUACGACAUAGAAUCUGAUCAGUGGAGUACAGUGGCACCAAUGAAUACUCCCCGUGGAGGAGUUGGCUCUGUGGCUCUUAUAAAUCAUGUGUAUGCAGUAGGUGGCAAUGAUGGAGUAGCUUCUUUAUCUAGUGUGGAGAGGUAUGAUCCACACCUGGAUAAGUGGAUAGAAGUUAAAGAAAUGGGUCAACGAAGAGCAGGCAAUGGAGUUAGUGAGCUCCAUGGUUGCUUAUACGUUGUUGGUGGUUUUGAUGAUAAUUCUCCUCUGAGUUCAGUUGAGCGGUAUGAUCCUCGAAGCAACAAGUGGGAUUAUGUAGCAGCACUUACCACUCCCAGGGGUGGAGUGGGGAUCGCAACAGUGAUGGGCAGGAUCUUCGCAGUUGGUGGUCAUAAUGGCAACGCAUACUUAAAUACAGUGGAAGCAUUUGAUCCUGUACUGAAUAGGUGGGAGCUGGUUGGAUCUGUGUCUCACUGCAGAGCCGGAGCAGGUGUAGCUGUGUGCGCCUGUCUAACUAGCCAAAUUCGAGAUGUAGGCCAUGGAUCGAACAAUGUGGUGGACUGUAUGUGAUUUGAGGUCCAGCCACCAACCAUUCAGUCAUAUUUCGUAUGCAGGAAAGACAACCAAGAUUUUGUAUGAUCACCUUUGAACAGUUUUCACUACUGCUAGUCUUAUUUUAAAUGGAAAUUGUUGUAUUGUGACUAAGUGCAACAUUUAGAUGGUAGCUGAAGAAUUAUUGGUAAUAAAGGUAAAUUUGAUACUUCCCACUUUAGCAAAUAAUAGAAUAGGGAAGGAAAACAAUCUAACCUGAAACCGAACCUUUUCUGAAAAAUGUUUAAAAUAGUACAAAAACCUUGAAAUCCCUUUUUAAAAACAUGUUGGAUAAAUCAGAAUGUAAAAUGGAGUCAUUUCCAUUUUGCCUAAAAGUGUUGACUGUGGGCAGUGGACUUUUCCUAGAGGAGUGAUUAGAACCUAUUCAUCAACACAAGUACAUCAGGACACAUGAGAGACCUCCUUUUGAAGAUCAUUUCUACUUGGUGCUGAUGAAUCUAUGCCUUGCUUUUUCCUAGAUGUCAGUUUUUAAAUUCCUUGGAAUUUACAGAAGUAGAAAAAUGUUUAAUCUUUCUCAGUGCCACUAGCUGAAUUUUCAGAAGCUUUAUGGGAGUGCUAUAACAAAGCCCUUAAUUUCAGUUUGACUUGUUAGGGCACCAAAUACCUAGCUGAACUAAUUCCAUCUAAAUAAAUCUAUACUUUCAUUUUUUCAUCUCAUAUAAAAAGGAUUUGUUUCAUAUUAGCAAAAAUUGAAUCAGAGGCAAUAUUAGAGGAGAAGGCAUUAGAGUUAAUAUUACUCUAGUGCCCAGUUGAGACACCUUGAGAAGAAAAGGUGUGAAUUACAUGACUCAGAAGAAUCUGAAAAUAUUUCUCUUUGAUUUAAUCAUUUGGUUUGAGCCCAGGAUUAUUACCUUUCCAUUUUGCUCUUUUUUACUAUCCUAUUUUUUUUUUAACUGUGUGGAAUAUGAGUUUAUUAAUUAUCAGAAAGUGAAUGCAUUUUUGCAAAAAUUCCUUACAGAGUGUGGUUUACACAGUGUGGUUCAGGUCCAUCAUUACCAAUAAAAGAUAACUGUUGGUAAAAACAGAAAGAUUGAAAUUACUAUUUUUUUUGUUAUGUCUAAUACCCUCCAGUGUAUUUAUUGAACUUCAAUUGAAAAUAUUUCUCUGCAUUAAUUUGAAGUCAGGAUAUUGAUAAACCUAUUGAUUUAACAGCUCUUCAUGGUUUUAACCAGUAUUAUAAAAUGACCUACUCAUUAUAUGUAAAUGUUUAUAAAAAUAUUUAUGAAGAAUAUUAAAAUAUUCUGUUUUUUAUUUGUCAUGCACUUUGGUUGAUCAUUGGUACCUCUUUUCCAGGCCUUCCUAAAUUUAUCUGUCGUCAUGUCUCAGAAUUUAGUGUAGUUUCAUUGCUGGUAGUCAUCUGGUUCACAAGGAAUGAGGGCCGUGAGGACCACUACCCUCAUCCAUCCAGCUCCGAAGCUCUGAAGUUCAUUGCCUAGUAACUCUGAUGGGCUUCAUUAAAAGGCAACUUCAAGGGCACCUGGUUAGCUCAGUCAGAAGAGCAUGCUACUCUUGAUCUCAGGGUCAUGAGUUCAGGCCUCAGGUGGGGUAUAGAGAUUAUUUAAAUCUUAAAACUGAAGAAGGUUUUCUAACCUGGGCUCAUCAGUAUAGUAGGGUAGAAAGCCACAUUACAAAAUCCAGACCCCCCCCCCCAAAAAAGCCGCGCGCGCGCGCGCACACACACACACACACACACACACACACACACAUUGUAAGAAGGGAGGGCUCAGGCUAGCAGAUAAGGGUCUUUAUUGAGGCAGAUUUAAAAGUUCGUAAAUUGUGCCUUUUUGUCUUUUUAUCAGCUUAUAGGCAAGUUGAUAAAUCAUUGCUGGAUUUGAACCAGUCUUCUCUUUUAUAACUAUAACCAUAUUUCAGGCAGUCCCCAAGGCAUUUAACUCUAUAGCACUCACUGGACUGAUUAUAAACUAGCUAGAUGUAGAGAAUAAAUCUCAACACCUUACUUUCAACUGUCUAUUUCUUAUGUCUCAUGGAACUCUUAUAAAUAAUGCUUGUCUGGCUGUGGUUACUAGUAUGUUUGUUACCUUUAUUUUGUGGGAGAGGGGAUCUUGAUCUUAAUGUUUCUAAGAUUAUUUAAAAUGCUUUUUUCUUUAAUGUAUUUCUGCCUUAGCACAUGUAGAGUUUAGGUGCAUAAAGGUGUUACAUUUGUUUCUGGUUUUUACUAUACUGUAGCCAUCUAACAUACUAUAUUGGUAUGCUGGUUACCCAUAAAAUAGGAACUACUCAUAAAGGAAGUAAAGUGAAGUAAAGAAAACAUGUGGCUGUUAUAUUAUGUGUAGAUACUUAGAAGCAUAGUCUUGAAGGACCUAACAAUGGUAUGAAAAGAUAGUGGAAUCAAUAUACACAGUUUAUUAAAGACACAUUUUUGAGAUAGAAAAUGCGAAUCAGGCUGAAGGAAUCCUGCAGUUGAAAGAUGAUUAUAUUCAUGGGAAUGAAGAGAUGACAUUAUUAAAACAAUAUGGCUUACUUAAGAGUGAGGCCUUCAUUUUAACCUUAAACGUUAAUAGGAAUACCAAAAAGUGAUCUGAAAUAGAGAUAAAAUUUUGAAAUACGUGGAAAAAAAGAAAAAGUUCACAUUUUUCUUCAAAAAGUAUUAUAGGUGUUUUUCUGUGAUUCUUCCAUAAAAUUAAAGCCACUGCUUUCCUAUAUUGUACUGUCACUUUUAAAACAAAUUACUGGAUACUGUUUUUGACUAAUUUCAUUGUACUCUGUGUAAAUGAUUAUUUUAACUUAUUUUAAAUGUAUCGAUAAACUUUGUACUCCCUCUGAGGAAUAGUAUUUAUUCUAAUUCCCACACAAAUGUAUAAUGCUGUUAAAUGCCUAGAUAAGAGGUUGUUGACAUUAUAUAAAGUCUUGCAAAUGGUAAACUUAAGAAUUUUCUUUGUUCAUUUUACUUCAUGUCUUAUGUGACAGAGAAUGCAUUUAGAAUCUAAUUUAUAUCUUAUAAGAAUGUUUUCUGUGGUUUCUUACAUCAGACUCCUAAAGUAAUUAUUAUUGGGGUGUCAUUGGCUGUCUCUUCUUUAUGUAGAAUUAAAAUUGCAAUAAAACUUAUCUGUAGUAUUUUCUUAAA